AUGGAUUCAUCUACACCACCGCCAACUUCAUCACUUCCAAUCAUCUCCGAUCAACCGAUCCAACUUCCUCUUCCUCUCAGCACCAACCAAUCCCCAUCUCCUUCGCCGUCUCCGUCACCGUCGCCUUCCCCUCUCAGAAGAAGAUCCAAAACCUGCCUCGCCGACCGCCUCGAAAUUGCCGCCGAUGAGUCUCCUGAACCUGCCGGAGUACGGCGACGUGGAAAAGCCAGAGCCGCUCAAAACAACGCUCGAAAACCAAGAAAACAACGUCCUGAUGUUGAGAAUCGAGAAGAGAGUAAUGAUGGUGUUGGUUUGGUUGAAGAAAUCGGAAAACCUAGAAAAAGGAAAAAUGGCGGUCGACCGAAGAAAGAGAAACCUAUCUUGGUUCAAUCUUCAACCUCAUCUCCAAAAACUGAAGAAGAAAAUUUGGUUGAUUUCAAUCGUAUUGGACAGGUUGUGAGUGAUUUGGUUAUGUGGAAAGAUGUAUCAAAAUCAACCUUUUGGUUUGGACUUGGCUCUCUUUGUAUCUUAUCUUCAUGCUUCUCUCAAGGUCUCAAUUUUAGCAUUGUCUCGGCCUUGUCGCAAUUGGCUAUUCUCAUUUUGGGUGUUUCAUUUUUCUCAAAUGCCAUUUACCAAAGCGAAACUGUUUAUGAGAAGUGUUAUGCCAAGCUUAAAGAAGAUGAUGUUUUGCGUCUUGCAAAAUUGAUUAUUCCUGCUUUAAAUUUUGUGAUUUCAAAGACUAGAGUGCUAUUCUCAGGAGAACCAUCAAUGACUCUUAAAGUAAUUCCUUUCCUUCUAUUAGGAGCUGAGUUUGGCCACUUAAUAACAAUCAGGAGGCUAUGUGCCAUUGGUUUUUUUGUCAGCUUCACUAUCCCAAAACUUUAUUCAUGCUACACUAGUCAGAUAAACAAGAGAGCCGAGUGUUUGAAAUCAUCACUAUCGGAAACAUGGUGUGCUUGCACUCACAAGAAGAAAGUGAUGGCGUCGACACUCUUGACAUUCUGGAAUCUAUCUUCUACCAAAACUCGGAUCUUUACCGCUUUUAUGUUGCUGGUACUAUUUAGAUACGUAAAGCAACAUGUGGUGCAGCAACUACAAGAUGGAGAAGCACAAGUAGGUGAGAAGGAACAGCAGAAGAAGCAGAAGAAAGAAUCGGUGGUGGAAACACAAGUAGGUGAGAAGGAACAGCAGAAGAAACAGAAGAAAGAAUCAACGGUGGUGGAAAUAGAAGAAAAGGAAACUCAACUAGCAUUAGUUAUACAUAACUCAGAUUCAAAAAAUAAGGACAAUUAA